CCGGAUUAACCGACAACACGAGGACUGAUGGGAAACACACAACGUCAUGAAAGAGGUUGACACUGUCGGGGGUGAGAAAGAUGAACAUUGUGAGGAAAACGAAGAGGAGGCUCCAAUGAGGCGCAGCUUCUCGGUCGAGGACCUCCUCGAUGAGGUGGAGAAGAUCUGUUACGAUGCCUCGGGGACAUCGAAGGUGGAGAUGGUGGUGAGGCUGUGGAAGGACGGCUUCACCGUAAACGACGAGGACUUUCGCAGCUACUCCAUUCCAGAGAAUCAAGACUUCCUGGACGCCAUCAAACGCGGGGAGCUCCCGGCGGAGUGGGAGAGCAGAGCCGAGGAGGAGGAGCUGGAGAUCAGCGUGGAGGAUCUGACCGAGGAGAAAUAUGUUCCCAGGAAAAAGGCCUUUCACCCCUUCAGCGGCCGAGGGUACCGACUCGGCAGCGUUGCACCCAGAGUCGUGGCCAGGUCACCAUCUGUGCACGAGGACGGAGAAUCUCCUCCUAUUCCCAUGGUAACACUAGACCAUGCCCUUCCCGUCACCUCCCUGCAGAUCUGGUUGGUUGACGGAAGGAGAUUGGUGCAGAGGUUUAACCUAUCGCAUCGGAUCACGGAUGUUCAAGAUUUCGUGGCGCGCUGCCAGAGGAGCUGCCCACCUUUCGUCCUGACGACAUCAGUCCCUUUCCGGGAGCUCGACGACAAAGAAUUGAGUCUCGAGGAAGCCGAUUUAGCGAACGCCGUCAUCGUCCAGAGACCCCUGAACACACAGGCGCCGUUUGGACACUCCUGACUAAAAGGGCCCCCCCUGUAAUUCACACAGCACGCCACUUAUUCCCUUCACUUCCACCUCACUAUGACCCUGACCGCAGUCUCAAGGCCGCCUAUACAGUCUGUAUUUACUCUGCAGUUUGUGCUGCAUCUGAUGAUUGUUGUUUACUAAUCUCCGUGUGGGAUUAUCUACAGCCUAAUAAUGGAGAUAUUGUCAGUUCCUCACCACCACAGGUGCUGAGGUGCUGUCAGCAACACAUACUUUGUCUUUUUUUUUUUCCUCUGGAGGACAUUGUCUACCUUCCUGCACACCUCACCAAACCCCAAAACCACUUCUGUCCCCCGUGCAGAUGGUCAACCAUGUGUGUCCAUCUGUUGGUCGUACUCUCCCUUCUCCCCUCACACACACACACACACACACACACACACACACACACGUGCACAAUACCACCACCAGCACCACCAACCAACUCUCUAAAGUCUUCCCAAACUGUGAUCACCAGUUUCUCUGCACUAUUUACAGUGGAAUAAACAAGGGGCUGAUAUUUCAACACGUAUCUCUGAGUUUACAGUAAUAUUUAAUGAACGUAUGAUGUUUUAUUUGCACAUUGUUAUGAUUUUAAAAAAGAGAAAAUACAACAGCUUGUUUUUUUGUGUUGGCCUGUUAGACGUUUAUUUAUUGUUUGCCUUUUUGCAGUUUACGUGAUCAGUUGCCUUUGUUCUCGGGUGGAGGAGAUUUAAUUCAGAAUGUACAAGGUGUUGUUUUAUUUGACUGCAUCCUUUUAAGACAUAUCGCAUACUAAGGGACAAUAAAAAUCCCCCCCAAA